AAUCAACAAUUGGUUCUCAUCAAGGACAAACACAAGAUGAUAUGACAUAUUCAACAAAAACCAAUAUUGUGGCGUCAAAUGAUAAAUGUUUAAUAAGAUAUCCAGGAGAUAUUACAACCGAAAAAGUGGCAAACAUGUCGUCAAGUAGUUUAAGGAAGUUUAAUUAUUAAAUUAUUAAAAAAGAUUACUUGCGAAACAUGUCUUUAUCUUUUUAACGAAUGUACAGUUAUGAAGUCUACAUUCAUAGAAAGAAAAAGCUGUGGAUAUUUACAUUAUCCACGAGAAGAUACAUAUAAACUCAUUGUUGCCGCUGACAAAGUUUUUAAUUUUUAUAAAUUACAGAAUAAUUUGUAUAAGAAAAAUGCAUGCCAAGAAAUAAUUAUAAAAACAAUACGUAAUAUUGAUAUGGAUAAGAUAUUUAUAAAUUUUAACAACCACGUUAAUGAGUUAGACGUUUUCGAAAAUCACAAAUAUUAUUUAAUUAAAUUAAUUAUAGAAUGUUAUAUACAGAUUCUUAUGAAUUAUGAAGGGAAAUUAAUGAGCCAAAAUAUUGAGUACAUCAGACAUCAGUUUACAAAAAUUAUUUUAUUCAAAGGAAUGAAAAGUGCGAUGAUAGUUCUAAUAAUGGCCGUGUUUGGUACUGGCGGCGCUGCAGAUGUUCAUAGAUGCCCAAAGUCAUUGCUAGCAGUCCAUAGUUAUAUAGUCAAAGGUUACGACCGGAUGUUCAGUACUGGCAGUGAAUUUCGGGACACAGUCAUAAUACGAUAUCCAAUAGGAGAACAGCUGUCUAAUAGAGAAUUGAAUUCUCCAUUGGAAAGCUGCUCUCCGUAG